ACGUAAAAAUCAUACAUAAAUUCAGUGUUCCGUACCUUAGCGACGAGCCACUUCGAGUUUUGACCUCAGUGGUUCCACACAGCUGGCAUUGGCAACAUGUCGGUUGUGGAAAUAAUUCAACAUUACCAACGAAGUAUAGAAAAAUGUUCAGGAAACGAAGAAAGGAUGUUAUACUGCAUCGGAAAGUUGUACAGACUACCAGUGACUGUGCAACAUUUACAAGAGACCGGAGUUGGUCGCACGGUGAAUGCUCUGCGUAAAUACGUUGGUGAUGUUGGAGAUGCUGCCAAAGCAUUGGUAGCCAAAUGGAAGACAAUGGUUGCAGAUGAGGAGUCCAGUGAUGGAGAAGCAGCCAGUGACGACGAAGCCAACAUAUCCGAACCACCAGAUGAUUAUGGCAGUCAUUCUAGACAUAGGAAAAACGAAAAGGAUAGUAGCGACGACCGAGAUGAUAGGAAGGAAUUAAGACCUGGAAAUCAAGAGUCGAGAAGUACGAAUGAAAUUAAAGCAAACAAAAGUGAGACUGCAAAAAGCAGUUUGAAAAAUGGUUCCUCCGAUAAGUCUAAAUCUAAAGAUAGUCAUAAAUCUCAUAGCAGUAGUGGCAGUGAAAAACAUAGACAGUCAAAAAUCGAAAUAGAUAAGCCAGUGUCGACUGAAGAAUCAAAAAAUGAUAGGGAGAAACGUGAAUUAAAGUAUGAUUCCAAGCCUGAGAAGAAAUCAAAAAUUGACAAAGACUCAAGGGAUCAUAAACGGGAUUCCAAGAGGGAUGAAAAAAGUAAAUCUAAGGACAAAGACAAAAUGAGAGUUACUGACGAUUUGAAGAAAGAAUCCGCCAAAGUUUCCUGUAGUAAGUCUCUUGGCGAAAAGAAGAACGAGGAUAAUGACAGGAAGCGAAAGUUGGACAGUGGUUACGAAAAAGAAUAUAGUAAAAAAAGAAAGCAUUUAGAGUCUGACGGUGAAGAUGGGAAUGAACACCUUUCUGCAAUGUCUGACAAUGAUCAUAAGAAGAUGAUGAAACUGUCGGAUGACUCCGAGUCAGAAGGAGACAUUUCCAAUAUUAAAAUUAAAAUAGAACCUCCAUCUCCUCCUCCUAAAAUUAAACUUGAAGUAGAAGAUAUUCGAAGUGAGAGCAAGAGCACCAAGGAAAAGUUGAAGGGGAGCCAUAGCUCGAGUAAAUCCAAAUCAUCUAGUGGCUACGAUAAAACUCAACGUGAUGAAGGGAAAGAAAUGAGAAGAAGCGACAAACUAGAAGAGAAAAUAGAGCACAGAAAAAGUGAGAAACGAAAAGACGAUGGACAUCAUUCUAGCAAGGAAUCUUCUAAGUCAAAAAGUAAUUCUAGUGUUUCUAGCAGUAAGGAUAAAGUUAGAGAUAAAGAUAAAGAAAAGGACAAGGAAAAAGAUAAACACAAAGAAAAAAAAGACCACCAAACUGACAACGAUUCAAAAGAGACCAAGGUAUCAUCCAGCUCCAGAGGAUCCAAAGAGAAGAAAAAGGUGAAGAAAGAAAUUAACGGAGACGAAGGAAUUGAUUGCAAUUCUGGGGCAAGUUUUGCAGAAGCUCUUGGAAUGUGCGCAUUUCCGUCAUCCGCAUCACGUAAACGAAACAACUCACCUAUUUCGUCACCUGUGAAAAAGGUGAAAAUCGAGCCUGGCACUACUUCAUCUACACCUCGCAGCAAAUCGCCGGUCAGGGUGACGAAUGAUGUUUCUUCAAGUGGCGAAAACUCGCCGCCUUCUUUAUUAUCUCCAAAUGUCAAGUUAGAGCCUUUGAGUGUGGAUUUGGCAUCCACUUUACCCGAAAUCAGUCCUAAUUAUAAACCUUUGCCAUAUGUAAAUCCUGUACAUCGUAAGCAAGAAGAAGAUAUGGCUUUAAGCAACGUUAUAUAUACUAAAAAUCAAAGAACAAAAGUUUAUUCUGGGAAUAAAUCUGGCUAUGCUAAUGUUCCUACACUGUACGAUAUAUGUAUCAGAAUAUUGAUUGAAAAUAUUGAAGCUCUUGAAUUUACUGGUGGAAUACCCUAUGAUAUUAUUAAGCCUGUGUUGGAACGGGCAACACCUGACCAAUUAUUUUCGUUGGAACAUCAUAAUCCUUACCUGAUUGAAGACACAGAUACGCUGUGGCAGUAUCAUUGUAAUCGCGAAUUCAGAACAAAAAAACGUCAAGAAAUGGAAUCAUGGCGUGAGACUUACAUGCGUUGCCUGGAUGAGCGAGAAGCAAAGUUGAAAACCUUGACCGCUAACAUAAAGCAAUCCAGAGACAAGUCGCUUCCAGCCAGACAAACCAAACUUGCCUAUGUCGACAAUGUAGUGAAACCUCCACGUAAUGUGCUCAGAAAACAAGCAAAAUAUGGUACGGCAAGAGACACGACUACUUCGACGUCUGAUUUGAAAAAUAAACUGAUUUCUGGAAUCAGCGCACCCACCAAUAUUUCUGUCCCUCCACCUCCGAUGGCGCGAUCGCGAGUCUCAUCAUCUGGUGUUGUGAAGAAAACAAAAGCUCCGCUCAUGGCAAAAGCCUUGCAGCUGAUCAAAGGAAGAUACAAACGAUAAUGCAUCUAAAUCAUGUUGUUAAUUGAUGAAUGAGGUCUACUAUUUUAUUGCGUAUUAUUCACCACUUUGAAUUAUUGUAAUAUUUCAUAUUCUUGUUAGUAAUUGUUCCGUUAUCAUUCUCUACUAGAAAAGCGAAAAUGGUACCGCGAUCUUGUAUUUCUUUACGUUUAGAUUAAAAAAAAAAUUCCACACUUAUUGGCUGGAAAUCUCUGGCAUUGCCAGAAGAAUGGUCGAUUCAAACUCUAAUUCACCUAUUUAGAAUGAUUCAGUGAUUUAUGAAGUGAGGCUUAUAAUUACCAGAUAUGUUAACGUUGUGCAAGAACUACUGUUAUUUUAAAUUUAUUUAUAGAAUUGACAAAUUCUUUUGAGUAGAAAUGUUGUAUCCAUAUCAAUUAAAAAUGUGUACGGAUGCAUAGUUGACCAAUCCCUUUGUUCAAAUUCAUUUGUCAUAUUUUCGUAAUGAUGUUUCUCCAUUCUUUGUUUGUUUUUGUAUUUACAUGGCACAUAGGUUUUGAACAUCAAUAUCCGAGUUUAUUGACUGGAUAGAUCGCUAAAAAAUUAUAACAAAUUAUAGAUUUACAUUAAUUGUAGUUGUUACGAAGAAACUAUAAUGAUAUGAUCCUACAAGCUGUAGAUGAUUUGUUCUUUUAAAUCAACUGUGAUUUUAUUGUCCAACACUUUUAUAAAUUUCUAAGGGCAGUGUCACCGACAUUGUAAAAUGAUUUUAUUUUUCAUACUUGGUAGUCACUUCUUUUUCCACCACCAAGUGUCCGUGAACUUCUUUUAAUUCAGAACGAACGUUAGGCUUAUCACAAUUUAAUCAAAUGACAACUGAACGUGAUGCUGAUUCAGAAUAACCCAUGUAUGUAACACCGACGAAAUUCAAUUAUGUGAACUGAGCCCUAUGAGGUUCUACUUAUGUGCCCCAAGUAUUUUUAACGUGUGUGCCUGGAAACACUCAUUCUAGUUACUAUCGCUGAUUAUUUUUAAUUUAUAGGAAGUGAACUUGAGGUGUCAAUUGCAGAAUAUAUUCUUCACCUUGAGUAAUUCUAGUAAACGAGUGAUGUACGAAUGUAGAGAUGAGCUAAGUUUUCGUAGAAUAAACUUGUCAACAGACCUGUACUUUUUAAAAAUUCCAAUCUAUACUAAAUAUAAAAUAUUAUCAUGAAGAUGUGUAACUUUA